UCUACAAAAUACCACGGAGAAUUUCAGUGAGUUGUGCAGGGCUUACAAUGACGCUGUGCUAUGUGUGGACGAGCAGGAAGACUGCCUUGGCGGUGUUUUCUUUGAUACCGUUUUCGGUGGCCUUGAAACGUUCUGCAGUGAAGAGGAAACUGCAAUUGAGCCUUAUUCCGAGUGCUUGAGCAACGUGACUGAGGCAGUUGUGCUGGAUUGCAAUGACAAUUGCACGUUCACAGAAUCGAUUAUGGAACUUUCAACCUACGAAUUCAUCCGUCGCUUUGCCAGAGUUCAUAGAACUCGCAAGAUGAUGGCUGAGGAACUUGGACCAGUCUGUACAUCCCUAGGCUGUAUGGCUAGCUGUGUGGCCAGGAGGCUUAACGAGGAAUGCGAUGAACCGGCUGGAACGAUCGUUGUGGAAGCCGUCCUAAGGCCGUUCUUCAAAGGCGCAGCUAUCCUCGAUGAACUUGGAACCCGAGCCAAGACACUCGUAAAUGCACAGAUGCCCGAAGAGUGCCGAUACCUCGCCAAUACUCAGCAACUGCAGGAAAUCGCUAAGGGAGUGGAGCCGGAAGAGGGAAGUGGUGAAGAAGGAAGCGGUGAGGGCAGUGGUGAAGAAGGUGCCGAAGGCAGCGGCGAGGAAGGAAGUGGUGAAGAAGGAAGCGGUGAGGGCAGCGGUGAAGAAGAGAAACCUAAACGUCCAAUCAGAUGGCGUAGUGAGUUCAUCCGUUAG